AUGGAAACGAAGGUGCCCUUGUCUCAUUCGCUCUGGUCGCCUCAUGAUACAGUUAAAGAUGUUGCUGAAUCAUUGGGGAUCAACAUACCUGAAGAUGCAGCCAAAAACCUUGCUAUGGAUGUGGAAUAUCGAAUACACGAGAUCUUAGAAACUGCAGUCAAAAGCAUGAGACAUUCCAAGAGGAAAGUCCUCACCACCACCGACAUCAAUAAUGCCCUCAAAGGGUUAAACAUCGAACCUUUAUAUGGAUACGAUAACUUCCAACCAUUACAAUAUAGAGAAGCCCUUGUGGGAGUUUCUGGUCAAACAUUGUACUAUGUUGAUGAUCAUGAAGUUGAAUUGGAAAAGUUGAUAAAUCAACCACUUCCAGCGGUCCCCCGUCAAACCACAUUCACUGCUCAUUGGUUGGCCAUAGAAGGUGUUCAGCCUUUAACUCCGCAAAAUCCGUUACCAGCAGACAUUAAAUCCAUUCCUCCAAUAGUAAGAGGUGCUACAUCUUCAAUGUUGGACAACAGCUUGCUUUCAUCUGCCCAAGACACCGAUGCUAAAUCAGGAAAUACAGUUAACUCCGCUGGUAGUGAUAUCACAGAUAACAUAACCUUGGAAAAGGAUAGCGGAGUUAAACCCUUGGUAAAACACGUGUUAUCCAAAGAACUUAAGUUGUAUUUCGAUAAGGUGGUUGAGGUUUUACUUUCAACAGAACCUGAUAACGAAUAUUUGAAGAAUGCUGCUUUAACAAGCUUAAAGAAUGACCCGGGUUUACACCAAUUGGUACCUUAUUUUAUUCAAUUUGUUGCUGAGCAAAUAACCAAUAACUUGAGAAACAUCGAUACUCUAUCCACAAUGCUUGAGGUUAUUCUGGCCCUUAUUGACAACAAAACGAUCUUUUUGGAUCCUUACGUCCAUGCACUUAUGCCCUGUGUCUUGACUCUUUUACUUGCAAAGAGUAUUGGUCCAUCUUUAAAGGAAAAAUCUGAAAAGGAAGAACUGGAAAUCUUGAAGAAUCAAUUGGCUAUACGAGAAUUCGCAGCUAUUCUUCUAAAGCAUAUAACCUCGGUAUAUGGUUCAUCAUACUCUACUCUUAGAUCAAGAGUUACUAGAACUUUACUUCGGGCCCUAUUGGAUUCUUCAAAGCCUGUAGGAACUCAUUAUGGUGCACUUUUGGGUUUGCAGAAUUUGGGACCCGAAGUAGUCAAAUUGGUGGUGUUGGGUAAUUUGAAAAUGUGGUGUACUCUGGUUAUUGAUAAGGGAGAAAAGAAACCAUUGGAGAAGGAAACUUUAUUGAAUGCCAUUUUGGAUAUUUUACGUAUUUUGAAAGUUGAAAAGGUUAUUGAAGCCGAUUCAAACUCAAUGGACGUUGAUAAGACCGUGAAUGAUGAGUUGAAAGAUAAAAUUCGGUCAAGAUUUGGUGACACAGUAACAGAUCUUAUAUUGAAACAAGAUGAUGCUUAUGAUAUCAUUCAUGGUAUGCUUUUUGGAGAGAUCAAUUAA